AGAUUGUUCUUUAUGUGGGAAUCUUGCAAUUUAGAACAAUCGUUUCGGAUAUCAUCCGAGAGUUUCUCUCUGCUAGCGUACAACUCUCCUGGGAGAAAAGUACUUGACAACUGAAAGUACUUGACAACAUCCAACUCGGAAUCAAUCACGGAUCUCCAAUUUCCUCAUUUCUCCUUGUCAUCAAACAUGGGAACGAUGAAGGGGGUUUACUUCUUGUUAGCAGUUUUUGUUUUUAGUUCAGUGGAUGGCAAACUCACCAGGGGUAGGAAUGAUCAGUAUAUUGGAAAGCACAUCGUUGGUACACCACUUAUUUUCGCCAUGAAUGCAAAUUAUGAAAUUUAUGACGGAUUUAGUUCGCGCGUUUUCGACAGAAAAGAUGAGCAUUCAGGAACAUCAAGUGGAAGUGCAAGCGAUGAUGAGGAAGACGAGCGUCGACGUCGUAAAAAGAGAUCGACGUCGUUUUCGGCAGAGGAGAUCCAGGGAAUUCUAGACAGACAUAAUCUUCUGAGAGGACAGGUUUCACCCGAAGCCGCCAAUAUGGAAUUCAUGAGCUGGGAUGACGACUUAGCCUCAAUGGCCCAGGACUGGUCCGACGAGUGCCUCUGGGAACAUGGUAAUCCUACAAACAUCUCGCCGUUCUCAUCGGUAGGCCAGAACCUAUGGCUUGGGACUGGGUCCCAGCCGGAUGGAGUAGGACCAACACAGUCAUGGUAUAAUGAAGACCAGUACUACGACUAUGACACACACAGUUGUUCUGAUGUCUGUGGGCAUUAUACACAGGUUGUAUGGGAUGACACAUAUGCUGUGGGAUGUGGCCGAACCUUUUGCUCCUCAGUUUCUAACGGCUGGACGAACGCCUAUAUCGUAACCUGUAAUUAUGGACCCGCAGGGAACUACAACGGUGUACGCCCGUAUACGACUGGUAGCAGCUGCACACAGUGUGCAUCAGGCAUCGGACAAUGUUAUGAUAAUCAAUGUAGAUUAUGUUCUGAGCACAGUGAAACCUGUGAUUGCCAAGCCGUGUGCCAGAACUGUGGAACACUGAAUAAUGAUUGUACAUGUACAUGUCGAGACGGGUAUUACGGCAGCGACUGUUCCACUGUUUGUGAGGACACACAUGAGUACUGCGGCGGCAAUCCUGGCUGGCCACUCUCCUGGUGCACUGAGGACAGGUCUUACGUACUCACAAACUGCCCCCUGUUCUGUGGAUUAUGCAAUGCAGCCGAUCCAAGUCAGACGUGUGAAAGCACCUCGGCACCUUCCGCAGCUACGACGUCAUCCAGCGGUAGCGGCGAUGUCACGACCACAUCGAGCGGUAGCAGUGAUGUCACGACCAUGACUACCACCGUCGAGACGACCACAGCUCAACCGUCCUGUGACACCACUUGUCAGAAUGACGGGAUCGUCGACGAGACGACAUGCGAAUGCGAUUGCCCUAGUGACUACCAGGGCGCAGAAUGUGAACAAACAAAGUCUCAAGUGCGGUAUGGCGUAGUGGUUUAUACAAGUAUCAGCCGAUGGCCCGAUCUCGAGGAUAUUCUGCUGCGUAUAAUUGGAGAAAUUGUGACGUCAUGGUGCAAUGAUAACUUUGAGAUUUGCUGCCCAAAUCAGGGAACAUUGUCAUCAUCAUCGUCAACCCUUGGUUACGUCGACGAGACCCAUGUUACAGUUGCUGACGGGUUUCCCAGAGAGGAAACGGGGCUUUCAUUUGAUGCCUUCCGUGUCAUGCUCUUGGUGACCCCGCCGGAGACAACCGAGCUCUGCUCAGCCGGAUCUGACUCCAACUCUGCGACCAGAAGGAGAAGAUGGACUGAAUAUCUCCAUAGCAACAUGAUUUCUAAGAGAGAUGCAUCGGAAAACUACCUGGAUCAGGACGCGCUGUACGAGGCGGUGAGCGAGAACAUUGACACCCUGGAAGACGAACUCAACGUCACAUUAGGAGAGGUAGUCAAAGGUGAGAUCGAACCUGACUCAGGCAGCGGCGGAGGACUAGCCGCAUGGGCAAUAGCACUCAUCGUUGUCGUUGUUCUUUUGGUUGUGGUGAUCGUUCUCGGAAUAGUUGUGUUCAUCACUAUGAAAGAGAAACGUGUCCGAACCAUGUCCCCAAACGUCAAAUCUGAGAGAGAUGAAGGAAAGCCCACGUCAUCGGCACAAUAACAGAGAUACUUAAAACUGGAGGAAGCAAACCAAAUGACCCUGAAGACCCAGAGCACACCGAGCAGAAAGGGUCCGACAGAGAUAACGAUCCUCCACCGAUGAGCAGAGCCCAAACCAAGGUUUACCCGGCAGGAGGGAAACCUCUUAAACUGAGUCCAAUCAAGGCGAAAUCUAGCGAAAAGGUGCCCAAACUCAAGAAAAAUAAUACACUGCCCCCGGUUAAACGAUCACAGGCGCAACCAACAAAGAGAGGCAAAAAGAAAUAAAAAA